AUGACUUCCCACAGUACACUGAAGGCGACUUUCGCCAGCCGAGCCGAAUCGGCCACUCAUCCGCUCACGGCUUAUUUAUUGCGGUUAAUGGACCUCAAAGCCUCCAACCUUUGCCUCAGCGCUGAUGUAUCGACCGCACGAGAGCUCCUCUACCUAGCCGACAAGGUCGGCCCUUCCAUCGUCGUCCUGAAAACGCACCACGAUAUCGUUUCCGGCUGGGACUUCAACCCGCAGACCGGCACCGGAGCCAAGCUUGCGGCUCUGGCCCGUAAACAUGGGUUUCUCAUCUUUGAGGACCGCAAGUUUGGUGACAUUGGCAACACAGUGCAGAUGCAGUAUGUCGCCGGUUCGGCGCGCAUAAUUGAAUGGGCUCACAUUACCAACGUCAACAUGGUUCCUGGCAAGGCUGCUGUCACGGCUCUCGCCGAUGCAGCUGCUAGAUGGCGCGAGCGCUACCCCUACGAAGUGAGGACGUCGGUCACAGUGGGAACGCCCAGAUCAGAAAGCUUCGACGACUACGAUGACGACCAGGCAACCAACUUGAACGCACAUGAACAUACCGUUGGUACCCCCCGCCCGUCCGAUGCAAAUGGCCGCAAGGGCAGCAUUGUCUCGAUCACCACCCUGACUCAACACUUUGAGCCUGCUCCUUCCCCCCGAUUCCCCCGGAACGAGUCACACGGCGAUGAAAUCUUGUAUGCUGGCAUUGAGGAGGCUCCGAUGGACCGUGGCCUACUUAUUUUGGCGCAAAUGUCAAGUGCCGGCAACUUUAUGGGCAAGGAGUAUACACAGGCGUGCGUUGAGGCCGCAAGGGAAAAUAAGAACUUCGUAAUGGGUUUUGUAUCCCAGGAGAGCCUCAACACCGAGCCGGAGGACGCCUUCAUCCACAUGACUCCCGGGUGUCAACUGCCACCUGAGGGUGACGAGGAGAACGGAGCUGUCGCCGGUGAUGGCAAGGGCCAACAAUACAACACCCCGCAGAAACUUGUCGAACUCUGCGGCACGGACAUUGUCAUCGUCGGUCGUGGUAUUCUUAAAGCGGGCGAUCCUCAAUCGGAGGCUGAGAGAUACCGCAGGAAGGCUUGGAAGGCCUACCUCUCUAGGGUAGCGUAG